AUGAUCAGGAGCUUGGCAGACGUGGGCAGCGGCUGCCUGGGGGCGGACACGCUGCUGCAGCUGCUUAAGAAUUACGCGCGCAGCAGGGGCAUCAAGACGAGCAUCACAGUGGGCGUGGUGGGCCUGCCCAACGUCGGCAAGUCCUCGCUCAUCAACAGCCUCAAGCGCUCGCGCGUCGCGCAGGUCGGCAACACGCCAGGCGUCACCAGGGGCGUGCAGGAGGUGGUGCUCGACAAGACCAUCCGCCUGCUCGACUCCCCGGGCGUCAUCUUCAGUGCUGAUGACGACGCCGCGGCCGCGCUGCGCAACUCGGUCAAGGUGGAGCGGCUGGCGGACCCCCUGGCCCCCGUGGCUGUCAUUCUGCAGCGCGUCCCCAAGAAGCAGCUCAUGGCGGUCUACAAGAUCGCGUCUUUUGCUGACGUGGACGAGUUCCUGCGGCUCAUCGCGGCGGCGCGCGGCAAGCUCAAGCGCGGGGGCAUCCCUGACAUGACGGCCGCGGCGCGCAUCGUGCUGCAGGACUGGAACGGCGGCGUCAUCCCCUUCUACACGCUGCCCCCCAGCCGCGGCAACGAGGAGCACGAGAGUGCGGCCGUGGUCGCGGGCUGGGCGGCAGAGUUUGACGCCGAGAAGGUGUUCGCGGCCGAGGCGACCGCUGUGAUCUCGCAGCUGCCCUCGAUGGAGGGCGCCGGCGCCGCCUUCUUCGAGGCGGCCAGCGCCGGCCGCGCGCGCGUCGAGCUGCCCUCCGCGGCGAGCGGCGGCCGCGGCACCUUCGGCGGCGGCGGCGGCGGCGGCGGGGACAGCAUGGAGGGCAGCAGCAGCGACGAGGAGGAGGAGGGCGAGGAGGAGGAGGGGGAUGGGAUGGACGUGGGGGACGGCGGCGGCGGCGCCGCGGCAAGGCGCGGCAAGGCGCCGGCGCCUGCGGCGGCGGCGGCGGCGAAGGCCGCGCUGUAUGGGGAAGAGGGCCAGUUUGACCCCCGCAAGGUGCGCGCCGAGAAGAAGGCCCGGAAGAAGUCCAAGGUUGCGGCCGCGGCACCCGAGGUUCCGGCGGAGGGCGGCGACGGCAGCGAUUUCGAUUUUGACGAAGCAAACGAGGCCGACGGCGGCAGCGGCGGCGGCAGCGCCAGCGGCAGCGGCAGCGACGAGGAGUAUGGGGCGGGCGGCGGCGGAGAGGAUGCUGACAGGGCGUAUGCCGAUGCAAUGGAGGGGUCUGAUCUGGAGGAGGAGGGCGGCGGCGGCGACGACUGA